CCUAAGCCACCGGCGAGGCCUGGAACCCAGGAACCCGGCGGGGCAGGCUCCUCCCAGAUCCCGCACGGGGCUUUCCGGGGCUUUCCGAGGCAGAGAUAGCACAGGCCUGAGCAACGUGCAAUCUGUUGUGAGUCACGGGCCCGGAAGCCUUGCCCGAUCGAGGCGGAGGAGCAUCCACAAAGCAGAAACAGUAGACUGCAGAGACAGCAGCUGCAGAGACAGCAAGAAUCUCGCAGGUCUCAUUCUCCGACGCUGAUCCUCCUGACUCCUUCUUAUAAAAGCCCUCGGAUUCCACUAAAGUCACCUGGAUGAUCCAGGAUAAUCUCCACAUCCAGAACCCUUAGUUUAAUCACAUUUGCAAAGGCUCUACUGCCAGACCUUCCAGAUGGAUGAUAUCAGUGAAGCAAAUGGCACUUUUGCCAUCACCUUACUCAAAAUGUUGGGAGAAGAGGACAAAUCACGGAACGUAUUCUUCUCCCCCUUGAGUAUCUCCUCUGCCCUGGGCAUGGUCUACCUGGGGGCAAAAGGAAACACCUCAGUCCAGAUGUCCCAGGCUCUCUGUUUGAACAGAGAUGGAGACGUUCACCAAGGUUUCCAGUCACUUCUCACUCGGGUCAACAAACCUGACACUCAGUAUGUGCUCAGAACUGCCAGCCGACUCUUUGGAGAAAAAACGUGUGAUUUUCUUUCGACCUUCAAGGAAUCCUGUCAGAAGUUCUAUCAGGCAGAGCUGGAGGAGCUGUCCUUUGCUCAAGAUACUGAAGAAUGCAGGAAGCACAUCAAUGACUGGGUGUCAAAGAAGACUGAAGGCAAGAUUUCAGAGUUGCUGGGUCCUGGGACAGUCGAUCCACUGACUAAGUUGGUCCUUGUGAAUGCCAUGUACUUCAAGGGAAAGUGGAAUGAGCAAUUUGACAGGAAGUACACAAGGGGGAUGCCCUUUAAAACCAACCAGGAGCAGAAAACAGUGCAGAUGAUGUUUAAACAAGCCAGAUUUAAUUUUGGGUACGUGGAGGAGGUGCACACCCAGGUCCUGGAGCUGCCCUAUGCAGAGGAGGAGCUGAGCAUGAUCAUUCUGCUUCCCAAUGACAGCAUUGACCUUGCCACGGUGGAAGAAGCGCUUACAUAUGAGAAGUUCAGAGCCUGGACAGAUCCAGAAAACAUGAGAAAAAGUAAAGUUCAAGUUUUCCUUCCCAGAUUAAAGCUGGAGGAGAGCUAUGACUUGGAGUCUUUCCUUCGCGCUUUAGGAAUGACUGACGCAUUUGAGGAAACCAAGGCCGACUUCUCUGGAAUGUCAAAUAAGAAGAACAUGCCUGUGUCCAAGGUUGCCCACAAGUGCUUUGUGGAGGUCAACGAGGAAGGGACCGAGGCAGCUGCAGCCACCGCGGUGGUCAGAAAUGCCCGGAGUGUGAGAAUAGAACCAAAAUUCUGUGCAGACCACCCCUUCCUUUUCUUUAUCAAGCACCACGAAACCAAGAGCAUCUUGUUCUGUGGCAGGUUUUCUUCUCCGUAAAAAGGUGCAAUUUCUGUACCUGCCCUCCUUUCCCUCUGCCUGCUCUGCCUGAGUUAAAAUUCCACCUGGCCAAAUUGGUGCAGUGGCUUGAAUGCUGAAAUAAAGUGUGUGUGCACUUGGUUGUUUGCAAA